AUGGAUAUUUCCGAUAAGAAUUUCAAACCUUGUCCUUGUGGUUAUCAGAUUUGUCAAUUCUGUUAUAAUAAUAUAAGACAAAAUCCCGAACUUAAUGGCAGAUGUCCAGGAUGUAGAAGAUUAUAUGAUGAUGAGAGUGUUGAGUAUAAGACCGUCAGUGCUGAGGAAUACAAGUUGAUGCAAUUGAAGAAAGAGAAACGUGAACGUGAAAAGAAGCAGAAAGAGAAGGAGAAGAAAGAAAUGGAGAUGGCCAACAAGAAACACUUGGCUGGAUUAAGAGUUGUUCAGAAAAAUUUGGUUUACGUCACGGGUUUGAACCCUCCAUGUAAUCCAGAUGAUUUGCAUUCUGUAUUGAGAUCAGAUAAAUAUUUUGGUCAAUAUGGUAAGAUCUCAAAGAUAGUCAUCAACAAAAAGUCUCCAAAUCCACAGACAACUUCUCAUCAUCAUCAAAAUCCAGGAUUGGUAGUUUAUGUCACAUUUGCUAGAAAAGAAGAUGCGUUGAGAUGUAUUACUGAAUUGGAUGGAUCAUUAUGUGAUGGAAGAGUCUUGCGAGCCGCUCAUGGUACCACAAAGUAUUGUUCUUCCUAUUUGAGGGGCCAUCCAUGUCCAAAUCCAAAUUGUAUGUUUUUGCAUGAACCAGGUGAAGAGGCUGAUUCAUAUACCAGAAAGGAUUUGUCUACUCAACAAGGAAUCAAGAUGGGUAUGACUACAGGAAGCCAUACUACUUCAUUUGGAGAAGAUUCUGAUCAUUUGGGACAUCAACUUUCUGACGAUGAGCUGCAACCACAUUCUUCUAUGCAACACCAACAAGCUUCCCAUGAAGUACACAGAGAGCAUUUACCGUCCACUGCUCAUUGGGCUACUACUGGUACAACAUCUGGAAGUAAUUCACCAUCGGUUAACAAUAACAUUCCAUUGGCUAAUUCUGCAGCAUUCCCAACAUUAGGUGAGAUUGCACGUGAUAUGAAACAACAGCAAAAGAAAGAAGUAAAACCACGUGUUAAGGCAGCCAAGUCAAAUAAUGUUCCAACAUCUGAUGAUAUCGACUUGGAUGAUAAUUCUGUUUUGAAAUUUGCAGAAUCUACUUCCGAACAAUUGAGAGAUUUGGAUGAUGUUAGAAAUGUUCGUUUUAAGAGUUUUGAUACCGGGAAAAUUUUACCAUUGUUCAAUUUUAGGGGUGAUUUCACGAAUGACAUCAAACCAGAGGAUGAGAAAGUUAUUGCUCGUCAAGUUAUUGAAAGGUUCCUUUUGAGACCAAUUAAGAACUACCAUUUGGCUUAUCAAAACCACCCAAUUAUGCAGCAGCAAGCAAUGUUGCAACGUCAACAACAGGUCCAACAACGUACCCCUGGGUUGCAAGCCGCUCAAUUGCAGCAACAAAAGAACGAAGAGCAGCAAAAGCAAGCACAACAACAACUUUUAUUACUUCAAUUGCAGCAUCAGCAACAACUUCAACAGCAACAACAACAACUUCAACAGCAACAGCAACAAUCACAAUUGGCUAACCAAUUGAAUACCUUGAAAGUUGCAGAUCGCUUAAAUACUUCAACACCACCACCCCCAGGAUUGUUUACAGCUAAAGUUGCUGGAGCUCCAGCCGAAGUCGCUAGUACUGUUGGUGCUGGAAAUCCAUCAUCUAGCUCUCAAUUGUUAACCCAAUUGAUGAGUGGAAAGAGAUAG